CACGUUCACAACGCUGUCUCCACGUUUGAUUCAAUACCAAAUUAUCCAAUUCUUUCACUACUUCUUCACUCUUCCUUUCUUUCUUUUUAGCCUAUCCAAAAAAGUUGUACUAGUAGUAUAUAUAAAGCAACCGAGAGAAUCUCCAGAUAUUGAACAACUAGUUUCCAUUUGUUUUUUCUUGAUUCCUUCUUCUUUCUUUCUAUAUAUAAAUAUUCCUAUAAUUAACAAUGGCAGAAGCCACUGCAGUAGCAACUCAACCUCAAGCAGAACCAGUUGUUGCUUCGAAUACUCCUACCAUGUCUGCCCCUGCCAAAGCUGAUGAUUCUAAAGCUCUUGCUACUGUUCCUCCACCAAAGCCUGAUUCUUCAACAAAGAAAAGUUCAAAGGGAUCCCUCGACAGAGAUGUUGCUCUCGCACACCUUGAAACAGAGAAAAGGAAUUCUUAUAUCAAGGCGUGGGAAGAAAGUGAAAAAAGCAAGGUGGAAAACAAGGCCCAAAAGAAGCUCUCUGCAGUUGGAACAUGGGAGAACACCAAGAAAGCAAAUCUUGAAUCUAAACUGAAGAAACUUGAGGAGCAACUAGAGCAAAAGAAAGCAGAAUAUGGAGAGAAGAUUAAAAAUAGAGUGGCCGCAGUUCACAAAGAGGCAGACGAAAAGAGAGCUAUGGUUGAAGCCAGAAAAGGAGAAGAACUUCUUAAAGCAGAGGAGAUGGCUGCCAAGUAUCGUGCCACGGGACAAGCUCCUAAGAAGUUGAUUGGUUGUCUUGGAUGUUAAAGCUAUGAAAUGUUUCAUUCUCCUUGUGAAUUUUCGUUCUUGUUGCUCUUUGUUGGAUGUUUCAAACGUGUUAAACGUGUUAAGUUUUCCUAGUUUGUGUAAGAACAGCACUCAUGAAGGUUUGAUUGUUACGAUAAUUAUAAUUCCACUGCAGAAAGUUUCUACUAGUACUUA